AUCAUUCAGUCAGCACUGCUUUCAUUUCUAAAUCUGAAAGUAUAAAGUUAGCUAUCGGCUCAACAUUUGUACUAGCUAGCAAUGUCCAAAAUCAAGAACAUAAUUUGGCCUCAAGUCAUUCUAUUUGGCGACUCAAUCACACAGUUUUCAUUCCAACCUAAUGGAUGGGGUUCCGAAAUUGCAAAUCAACUAGCCAGAAAAUGUGACGUUGUAAACAGAGGGUUGUCAGGCUACAACUCCAGGUGGGCAAAGAUUGUCCUGCCUCGCCUCAUCUCCAAGGACAGUGCUUCAAGCAACCACAUAGCUGCUGUCACGGUCUUCUUUGGCGCCAACGACUGUGCUUUAGAAGAUAAGAACCCACAGCAGCACAUCCCAUUGCAGGAGUACUCCGAGAACCUGAAGGACAUUGUCAAACACCUGGGGUCUGUGGGUGUGUCUGCAGACAAGGUCAUCUUCAUCACUCCUCCACCUCUGCAUGAGCCAGCCUGGGAGAAGGAGUGUGUCCUGAAAGGUAGUGCUCUGAACCGUCUCAACUCUGUGGCUGGCCAGUAUGCCCAGGCCUGUGUGCAGGCUGCAGGUCAGUGUGGGGCAGACGUGCUGGACCUCUGGACUCUCAUGCAGAAAGAUGGACAGGACUUCACAGGCUACCUCUCAGACGGGCUCCAUCUCUCUGAGAAGGGGAACCAGUUUGUGUCACAGCACCUGUGGACGCUGUUGAAGAGCAGGGUGGAGCACUUGCCCUUCAUCCUGCCUUACUGGGGCGACGUAGACCCUGAACAGCCAGAGAGCGGUCUACUGUGUGACUGACGGCCCUCAGGCUGAGUGAGAGGGGAAGGGUAGAGAAGAAGCCUCAGGUCCACACAGUUAUGUCCUCUGGUCGGCUACGGUAAUGGGAUGACACUGAAAGGGGUUGGAAUCAGUCCUCAUUCCAUAAGAAAUAUAUAAAACCACGAUAUGACAUGUUUUUAAAUGUUCUUUUUAAAUUUCCUGAGGUCUGUGUUGAAACAUUUUUUUUAGAAUGUGUGUUUCACUGUAAGCAAGAAGCCAGUUUCAAGUGGGCGUACACAUUUUAUUAAUCCAGGUCAUUCAGUACACCCUGAAAACGGGACAGUUAGAAGACAUACGGAGUUUCCCCUCGCAUCUCAUCAGAGCUAAUACUCAAGAUAUCUGUGGACAAUAGGCUAAUAUAACAAAGCUGCAGAAUGCCCUUGGCCCACAAGCAAACAUUUCAACAUAUACGCAAGUACUCAUCACCUAAUAUACAGGAAAUGGUGAAAAGAUUCUACAAGCUGAUAGGUAUUCAUUCAUCAGAGGGGCUUACGGAGCUUAAAUAGCAUUUCCCAUUAGUAAGCACAAUUUCCAUCUGGGGUGAUAGUGACAUUCUCAUUGCCUACAGUACAUACAGAAAUAAGGAACGGUGGUCAAAAUGAAAAACAUUUAGGCUCAACUUCAGAAAUAAGGCACUAGUGUUGUGGAUAAAAAAAUAAAUCAGAAGUUGGUCUAC